AUGGAGGGAAUUAUGGCUCAUGCUCCUGAGGACCCCGUGAGGGCUGAGAACGAGAGUGAAGAUGAUUUCAACGCUCGGGGGAGCAAUCCCAGAGUGUACCACCGCCAGAAGUACCUAAGAAAGAUGGAGAGUCAGUUUAUUGGCUCUUCAAAGGUUUAUGCAAGCACUUUUAUUAAGAGGCUUGUUACUAUGAAGUAUACUGGUGGUGGAAUAAGGGAGCACAUAUUGAGAAUGAGCAACAUGGCUUCCAAGCUUAAGCCUAUGGACAUGGAGCUCAAAGAUGAGUUCAUAGUCCAUUUGAUCUUUGCCUCCCUACCCGAGGAGUUUGAGGCUUUUGCUGUUAAUUACAACUCACAGCUAGAAAAGUGGGGCAUUGAGAAGAUGAUUGCCAUGUGUGUGCAAGAAGAGGAAAGACUUAAGGGCUCACAUGGUGAUUCUAUCAAUUACCUGAACCAAAAUAAGAAGAGAAAUUAUCAGAACAAUAAUUCUAAGCCACAAGGGAAAUCCUAG